AUGACACGUCUCUAUGUCAUUGCUCUUCUUGUGCUCUUUACGAGCCACGCCUUCGCGGUGACUAGUUGGUCUUCGGUAUCCACCAAUGGGCUCAACACGGUAGGAUCCUAUGGAACCGUCGGAGGAGCAGGCCUCGGAGGCCCAGGAAUUGGUGGCCCAGGGCUUGGUGGCCCAGGAAUCGGUGGACCAGGACUUGGCGGACCUGGAGUCGGAGGAGGACCAGGUGCCUUCGGUCCUUAUGGAAGAUACGGAGGAGGAGGCUACGGUGGGUACGGUAGAUACGGUAGAUAUGGUCGCUAUGGAGGAUACGGAGGAUACGGUGGUUAUGGAGGACCCGGAUAUGGAGGAGGUCCAGGCCCCCACCAUCACCACCAUCAUCACGGACCACCACCACCACCAUACUACGGAAGACCAUUUUAAGAUUUUACGUGACAACCUCUUAUUUAUUUCUGUAAAACUGAUUCGCCAAACUUUUGUAUGAUUUUGUCAUUGU